AAGGGUUUUUAACAAAGGGUUUAAGGCGGCUUCCUCCUCGUGUACUCUUAACUCACCACUUCUUCUUCUUCUUCUUCCCCAAAUUUACCAAUCCCGCUCUAUGUGUUCUCCCUCAUGCGAUCCAAUCUCUUCAAUCUCGUAUCCUUCAUCGAUUUCUACUCAGUGUAAGCUCGAUUGAAUGUCCAGUUCCCAAACUCCACUGUUCUCCGCAAAUCAAACAAACGCAUCAAAUCAUCUGAUCCCUUCCCGUAAACCCUUGAUUCAUCUCCGCGGCCCAGUCUCAGAAUCCUUCCCUAUGUGGAGAAACAUCGCCAAACUAGCAAUCUCAAGGCCUCCAGCUAGAUCAGCCCUCGUCGCAGCCGCCGCUUCUUCCCAAACCCGUUGCCUUCUUGGGUUUACUCACGUCGUCUCGAAAGGCUCCAGCUUUCGGUUUCCUCUCCUCGGAUCCAUCCCGGACCCAAAAUGUCACGAAUUGGGGUUCCACGCCUCUAGAGGCUACACGAGCGUAGCGGAAGAGGUCUCGUCUACGGAUGUGGAGGAAGAUCCUUCGGUCGUCGUCGACGAGGUGAACGAGCUGCUGAAGGAGAUGAGGAAAGAGAAGAAGAGAGAGGAUCAUCGCUCGUGGAGGAUGAAGAACCAGGAGAGCGUUGGGAUGGGUCGUAGCAAGUAUAAGAAUCUGUGGAGGAGACAGGUUAAGAUCGAGACGGAGGAGUGGGAGAGAGCUGCUAAUGAGUAUAGGGAGCUUCUGGCGGAUAUGUGCGAGCAGAAGCUUGCCCCCAAUCUGCCUUAUGUGAAGUCAUUGUUUUUGGGUUGGUUCGAACCGUUGAGAGAUGUUAUUGGUAAAGAACAGGAGUUGUUUAGAUUGGGGAAGAGCAAAGCGGUCUAUGCGCAUUAUAUUGAUCAGUUGCCUGCCGACAUGGUUGCUGUUAUCACGAUGCAUAAGUUGAUGGGGCAUUUGAUGACCGGUGGUGAUAAUGGUUGUGUUAAGGUUGUUCAGGCGGCUUGUUCAGUAGGCGAUGCCAUUGAACAAGAGAUAAGAAUAUGCACAUUCCUCGAUAAGACCAGAAAGAAAAAAGAGGAUGACACUGAGGAGAGCGGGGAAGUUGAAAACGGAAAUCCAAUGAAAGAACAAGAUAGGUUAAGGAAAAAGGUCAAUGACUUGAUAAAGAAACAGAAGCUGUCAGCAGUUAGAAAGAUCUUGCAAUCACAUGACUAUACAAAACCAUGGUCCGCAGAUGCUAGGGCUAAGGUUGGAAGUCAUCUUAUAGAGUUGUUGGUAAGAACAGCUUAUAUACAAUCCCCAACUAAUCAGCAGGAUAAUGAUCUGCCUGAUGUUCGGCCUGCAUUUAAGCAUACCUUCAAGACAGUAGCGCAAGGAAGCAUGAAAUCUGGGAGAAAAUAUGGUGUAAUCGAGUGUGAUCCUUUGGUCCGCAAAGGCUUAGAAAAAACGGGGAGAUAUGCAGUGAUGCCAUAUAUGCCAAUGCUGGUCCCCCCUCUCAAAUGGUCCGGAUACGACAAAGGUGCUUACUUGUUCUUAGCGUCUUAUAUCAUGAAAACUCAUGGAGCUAAGCAACAAAGAGACGCAAUUAAGAGCGCUCCCAAAGGACAACUAAAACCAGUCUUUGAGGCCCUGGAUACGCUUGGAAGUACUAGAUGGAGAGUAAAUAAGCGAGUCUUAACGGUUGUGGAUAGGAUAUGGAGCAGUGGCGGCUGUACUGCUGAUCUGGUGGACCGUAAUGAUGUUCCUUUACCCGAAAAGCCGGACACUGAAGAUGAGAGCAUUCUUAAGAAAUGGAAGUGGGAAAUGAAGUCUGCUAAGAAGGAGAACAGCGAGAGACACUCUCUGCGCUGUGACAUAGAACUCAAGCUUUCUGUAGCACGAAAAAUGAAAGAUGAGGAAGGUUUUUACUAUCCCCACAAUGUUGACUUCCGGGGACGUGCAUAUCCCAUGCCUCCACACUUGAAUCAUCUCGGUUCUGAUCUGUGCCGGGGUGUUUUGGAGUUUGCUGAGGGAAGGCCUCUGGGAAGUCCAGGAUUGCGCUGGCUGAAGAUACACUUAGCAAACUUGUAUGCUGGUGGUGUAGAUAAGUUAUCAUAUGAGGGACGUCUAGCUUUCACCGAAAGUCACUUGGAUGACAUAUUUGAUUCAGCAGACAGACCACUUGAAGGAAGCAGAUGGUGGCUGCAAGCUGAAGACCCAUUUCAGUGCUUGGCCGUGUGCAUAAAUCUCACUGAAGCUCUCCGAAGUCCAUCCCCGGAGACUGUUCUCUCACAUAUUCCUAUACAUCAGGAUGGUUCCUGCAAUGGCUUACAGCAUUAUGCUGCGCUUGGGAGAGAUACAAUAGGAGCAGAAGCUGUUAAUCUAGUUGCAGGUGAGAAGCCAGCAGAUGUUUAUUCAGAAAUAGCUACCAGGGUUCUUGAUAUUAUGCGCCGAGAUGCAGCCAAAGAUCCUGAAAUUUAUCCAGAUGCAUUGCGUGCAAGAAAAUUAAUCGACCAGGUGGAUCGGAAGCUUGUAAAGCAGACGGUUAUGACAUCAGUCUAUGGUGUUACUUACAUUGGUGCGCGGGAUCAAAUAAAGAGAAGGUUGAAGGAGCGCAGUGCAUUUAGUGAUGACAAGGAAAUUUUUGGGGUGGCUUGCUAUGCAGCAAAGGUAACAUUGGCUGCUAUGGAUGAAAUGUUUGAAGCUGCACGAGCCAUCAUGCAUUGGUUUGGUGAAUGUGCAAAGAUUAUUGCGUCAGAAAACGAAACAGUUCGAUGGACAACACCAUUGGGUCUUCCUGUUGUGCAACCUUAUCUCCAAAUGGGAACAAAACUCGUAAAGACAUCCCUCCAAACCUUAUCGCUACAGCGUGAAACUGAUAAGGUCAUUGUCAGGCGACAAAGGACAGCUUUUCCUCCAAAUUUUAUUCACUCCCUUGACGGGUCUCAUAUGAUGAUGACUGCAGUUGCCUGCAAAAGAUUAGGCGUGUGUUUUGCAGGAGUUCAUGACUCAUUCUGGACACAUGCGUGCGACGUUGAUAAAUUAAAUAAGAUAUUACGGGAAAAGUUUGUUGAGCUGUAUUCACAACCGAUACUAGAGAAUUUACUGGAGAGCUUUGAGAAAUCGUUUCCUCAUUUAGAGUUUCCACCUCUGCCUGAACGAGGAGAUUUGGAUUUAAAAGUUGUGUUAGAAUCGACUUAUUUCUUUAACUGAUAAAAAGGAAUCUAGGGGUUCACUAGAUCCUCAAGAGAGAUCUUCCAAGCUCUCAAGAAACAAGAUGAGAGAGAGAACAGAGUCUCAUCCCCAAUGCUUGAGCUUUGUGUGUAAGGGAGACAAGCUUCUUGCAAGGACCGGAGCUAGAGAAAAGCUUUCUGCGUUUGUUUACAGAGACGCAGAGAAAAGAUAAAAGAGUAACAGAAAAAGCUGUGAUACUUUUGUUUCCACAAUGUGCUGCUGAAGCUUUUGCUCAUAAGAUGGUAGCUUCUGAGAGUGCCGUAACUUGGUUAGGUCUAUUUGAUGUUGUGUUGUAAACCGGUCGGUACACUGUAUGGGGGUGGGGCUUGUAUAAGAGAUGGAUUAUUAACUGAGAAACAGAAUUGGAAGUUAA